AGCGCGAGCCGCGGACCGCGCCGCUGCAGAACCGAGCGAAUCCUGAGCCCGGGCAGCAGGGAGCCAUAUUUGUAUGUGUCUUAUAGAACCCAUGGUUGGACAUGCUGACGGCAGGCUUCAGGACAGCUGAGCUCCAGUAGAAACCAAGGAAACCCAUGGCUCUGGUUGCACCUUUCAACAUGACCAGUACACAGCUUGCCACAGAAGGAGGAAUUUCCGAAGUUGAAAUCAUCUCCCAACAAGUAGACGAAGAGACCAAGAGCAUUGCUCCUGCGCAGUUGGGAAACUUUGCCUAUCGGGACUUGCCCCUGGCUGCUGUUGACCUCUCCACGGAGGGCUCGCAGCUCCUGUCAAAUCUGGACGAAGAUUACCAAAGAGAAGGGUCUAAUUGGCUGAAGCCGUGCUGUGGGAAGAGAGCAGCCGUGUGGCAGGUAUUUUUGCUCAGUGCAAGUCUCAACAGUUUCCUGGUAGCCUGUGUAAUAUUGGUGGUGAUUCUCCUGACUCUGGAACUUCUAAUAGAUAUAAAGCUUCUCCAGUUUUCCAGUGCGUUCCAGUUUGCCGGCGUAAUUCACUGGAUCAGCCUCGUCAUCCUCUCUGUGUUCUUCUCAGAGACUGUUCUACGGAUUGUAGUCCUCGGAAUCUGGGAUUACAUUGAAAACAAAAUAGAGGUGUUUGACGGGGCUGUGAUCAUCCUGUCCUUGGCCCCAAUGGUGGCCUCCACUGUGGCCAAUGGGCCCAGGAGCCCCUGGGAUGCCAUCAGCCUCAUCAUCAUGCUCCGGAUCUGGCGAGUGAAGAGAGUCAUCGAUGCUUACGUCCUGCCGGUGAAGGUGGAGAUGGAGAUGGUCGUCCAGCAGUAUGAGAAGGCCAAGGUCAUCCAAGAUGAGCAGCUGGAGAGACUGACACAGAUCUGUCAGGAGCAAGGGUUUGAGAUCCGGCAGCUGCGAGCACACUUGGCGCAGCAGGACCUGGACCUGGCGGCAGAGCGUGAGGCGGCGCUGCAGGCCCCGCACGUGCUCAGCCAGCCUCGCAGCCGCUACAAGGUGGUGGAGGCCGGUGCGUGGGACGAGGAGACAGCAGCCGAGAGCUUCGUGGAGGAGCUGCGUCCCUCCCAAGAUGCCGCCAUGAGAGAUGACAUGAACAGCUACAUCAGUCAGUACUACAAUGGGCCCAGCAGUGACAGCGGGGUCCCCGAGCCACCCGUGUGCGUGGUCACUACGGCUGCCAUAGACAUCCACCAGCCCAACAUCUCCUCCGACCUCUUCUCUGUUGACGUGCCCUUGAAGCUAGGCAGCAAUGGCACCUGCACCAGCGCCACCUCUGAGAGCGCCUCUCACUCCACGCGCAGCUCAGUCACCCGGGCCCAGAGCGACAGCAGCCAGACACUGGGCUCCUCCACGGACUGUAGCACUGCCCGAGAGGAGCCAUCCUCUGAGCCUGGCCCCUCUCCCCUGACGCCGCCGCCACCUCCACUGCCCCAGCAGCAGCUGGCAGAGGCCAAGGCUCAGGACUUGCUGUCCUCCCUGUCAGAGGACCCCUGCCCGUCCCAGAGGGCCUUGGACCCAACCCCCCUCACCCAGCCCAGCCCAGCGGGUUCAGCCCAAAGUAGCCCUGAGCUGGAGCACAGGGUAAGUCUGUUCAACCAGAAGAACCAGGAGGGCUUCACCGUCUUUCAGAUCAAGCCUGUCAUCCACUUCCAGCCCGCGGCUCCCGCACUGGAGGAGAAGUUCAAAUCUUUGGAAUCCAAAGAGCAAAAGUUGCACAGGAUCCCUGAGGCCUAGAGCCUCCAGGUGGGCUGGGUGGAAGUAAGGGAGACAGCCAUCUCGAAGCUCUCCCGGGACCCUGGAAGCCUCCAGGGCCCAUGUGUGGGACCCAGGAGCCUGCCUGGCCUCCCUCAGGUGCUGCCUACCUCCAGGGAGGUGACACCAGGCCAGGAGGCCACACGCCUCAGACCUCAAAGCCCAGAGCUGGCGCCUUCUCUGGUCCUGCUCAGGGGAGGGUGGUGCUCGUGGCUGCGUUUUUUUUGUUUUGUUUUGUUUUUUUUAACCAUUUUUACAAAAACCAGCCCGUGGCCCAGCUUCAGCAGGGUGGAGCGCGGGAGCCAGCUCCGUUUCUUCCGUUGCCUUCGUUCCUGACGCCCAGCCUGGACCCUCGGGAUCGGGAACAGCACUGUGAGCAGGGGCUCUCCAGCCCUGCCACCCAGGAGGACGCCUGGGUGGAGCCUACACAAUCACAGAAACCAUCUGAGCCUAUUCUGUUUGUCCUCAUCCUCUCAUCUCAGCAUGAGCGUUUCGGAGUAUUUUCAAGACAAAUCUAGUUUUCAUCUUUACAGGACAUAAAGGGACGGAUGGGGGUGGGGUGGGGUGGGAAAACAGGGGUAGGGGAUCAGCCAUUUUCCAACUUUGGCUUUAAUAAUAAAAACCAGCUGCACUGAGA